CCAACGCGGCGAACGUAAGCAUGGGCUCCAUUCGAGAAGACGUCGUGGCGCCGAUGGAGGGCGUGGCAGUCGACGACAUAUAUGCUGUCGAGCUCGACGGCCUGAACUUACUGAACGAUAUCGAGCUGCACUCGAUACUGGACCCACUUGGAGGCCAGGAGGAUGAAUCGCUAGUUGAAGAAAGAAUCGAUGAUCGUGCUGGUCGACCACCGUCGGUGCCACACCAUCGGCAGCAACGGGUGUCCCGUGUUGCGACGCAGGAGACGCCGGUGAUCGAUCUGACCAGUGACGACAUGGACGACGAUGCCCCUGUUAUCGUGGCCACGCUUUACCCCAAUCCUACGUUAAGCGCCACGGCGAAGAGACACAUGUGCAAGAAGCGAAAGCUCCCCAUGCAAGGACAUCGAAGUCACGGGAAUGGACGGCCCGCACGACAUGUCCGCUACGAUCCCGAGCACAUCCGAUCGGCAGAAUGCACGCAAGUGUGCUUGGACAACCAAGUCGCCCUCGAAAUGUACAGGAAGGCAACGACGUGUGCCAUAUGCCUCGACACCCUGCGGGACUUGACGUCGACGUCGUGCGGCCAUAUAUUCUGCCGCGAAUGCAUCACACAAGCGGUGUUCGCGUCCCAGAAGUGUCCAAUGUGUCAGACGCCGAACGAGCCCCACGACAUCCAUCCCCUUUACCUUUAAUAUUGAUUGCACCACGAUCUCGCUUC